ACUGCCGCCCGGCGCCCUCCCGCGUCCGAUCCGCGAAAUCAAUAACGCCACAACACAAAAAACCUAUUCAAAUCUAGAAAAAACAACAUUAAACCAGUACAAACCAGUGAACAAUUAUAAACUAUAUCUGUGAGUUUAAAUACCAUUAGUGAUGCUAAAUAUUUCAGUUAUAACUACCAUCAAACAUAUGAUCGUUUAUUAAAAUAUAGAUCGUGAGUUAUUCCCGUUUAUUGUAAAUUAUUUUAUGUUCGUAAUAUAAAGCCCUGACCACUAAUCUAUCGGCAAUCAUUGUGAUAAUAUGAACAAAAUGCAAGAAAAGUGAGUUUUUGUUUAACAUAAAUGUAUGGGAGGUGAUCGGACGGGCAAACUAUGACGUCACUCAAGCACGGCGUCAAUUUAAGCAGGAGGGCAUGCAGGCACACUCUUGGCCUGGUCAUUGGUGCCGCUAUUCUGGCUGUGUCAAGCUCAAAUCCUAUAGAGAGUACUGCGCAAACAACUCCGUCCAUUGCAGCCGAUGGGAUCUCCACGUAUCCAGGACUUGGCUUUGGUCCCAUGGGUCCCGUGGCUCCUCUACCUGGCGAGCCACCCGGAACCCAGCUGCGACAGAAGCAAGAGACCACGACAGACACUUCCGUCACCGAGGAGCCAAAGAAGGCAAGAACACUAGUGAUAGCUGCGUUCGAGUUCCAUCGAGUUGAGACACCGUUCCUGAUUGGUCUGUGGAUAUUCUUUGCCAGCCUUGCUAAGAUUGGAUUUCACAUGACACCGAAGUUAUCCAAAAUAUUUCCUGAGUCCUGUCUCUUGAUUUUUGUUGGAGUUCUCAUCGGCGCUUUACUCCUCAGCACACACAGCGUCCACGUACAACCGCUCACUCCAGACACGUUCUUCCUCUACAUGCUGCCUCCCAUCAUCCUGGAUGCUGGUUAUUUUAUGCCCAACCGACUGUUCUUCGAUCACCUGGGAACUAUACUUUUGUUCGCAGUUGUUGGAACUGUCUUCAAUACUUUGACUAUUAGCCUAUCUCUAUGGGCGUGUGGACAAACUGGGAUGUUUGGGUUCCCGGCGCCAUUGCUCGACAUGAUGCUGUUCGGGGCUCUCAUAUCUGCCGUGGAUCCUGUGGCAGUUCUAGCUGUGUUCGAGGAGAUCCACGUUGACGAGGUGUUAUACAUAGUCGUGUUUGGAGAGUCGCUACUAAAUGACGCGGUAACCGUUGUCCUCUACCACAUGUUUGAGGCAUAUACGGAAAUGGGACCAUCGAACUUGGUGUAUACAGACUUCCUAGCGGGUCUGGGAUCAUUUGUGGUUGUGGCGUUCGGCGGAACUUGUAUUGGGGUCAUCUGGGGCUUCGCCACCGGUCUUGUGACCCGGUUCACAAACGAAGUUAGAGUAAUAGAGCCUAUAUUUAUAUUUGUGAUGGCGUAUCUUGCAUAUUUAAAUGCAGAAAUGUUUCAUAUGAGCGGGAUUCUUGCCAUAACUUUCUGCGGUAUAACUAUGAAAAACUACGUGGAGGGUAAUAUAUCGCAUAAAUCCCACACAACAAUUAAAUAUACGAUGAAGAUGCUCUCGUCGUCGUCGGAAACCAUUAUAUUCAUGUUCCUAGGUGUUGCCACCGUCAAUAACACCCACGUGUGGAAUACGUGGUUUGUUCUGCUAACUAUUGUGUUCUGCUCAGUAUUUCGUAUUAUAGGUGUGUACAUAUUUAGCGCAGUAGCAAAUAAGUUCCGCUUGCAUAAAUUAAAUACUGUUGAAAAGUUUGUUAUGUCUUAUGGAGGUUUACGCGGUGCUGUCGCAUUCGCCCUGGUGCUGUUAAUCGACCCAAAAGUGGUGAAACUACAACCAAUGUUCGUCACCACAACCAUAGCGGUUAUAUACUUCACUGUCUUCAUUCAGGGCAUCACGAUAAAACCACUGGUGAAGAUCCUGAACGUAAAAACUGUGGAGAAAAGAAAACCAACAAUGAAUGAACGAAUUCAUGAGAGGUUUAUGGACCACUUGAUGGCGGGAAUUGAAGAUAUACUGGGAAAACAUGGAAACCAUCACAUUAGGGAUAAAUUCAAGAGAUUCGACAAUAGAUUUAUAAGACCUUUCUUGUUGAGGAAUUAUCAGGGAGCUGAACCGAAAAUUCUAGAAACUUACUCUAAGUUAGCAAUGAAAGACGCCAUUGAGUAUAUGCAAAGAAAUGCAUCAACUAUUGGAAAUAUAUCUGGGGCUGAAUCUAUGUCAGCAAUAUUUAAAAACUAUACGAAUGCCAACCUCAAUGGAAGUCCGAGUUUCAGUCAAUUAGAUUCGUCAACAUGGAACAUUGACAUGCAGGAGCUGGAGUAUAAUCCGUCCAAGAAAGACUUGACCGACGCCAGAAUCCAUCAUUUACUAGCUGAAGAGCUAUGCAAGCCUUACAGACGGCAUCGCCGACUCAGUUACAGCCGACACGCUGUCAAUGAUAAGGACCUGGGGACACAAGUUAAUUAUAAAACACACAUGAAUAUACGUAGACUUGUUGGUGAUAGAAAGCAUCACCACAAACGCAGUAAGCGAGGGAAACAGGAUGGCAAAAACCAUGUCUCCUUCCCAGAAUUCCAGCAAAAUGGUUCGGCAAAACAGUUCACGCACGGUAAAAAAAAGUAUUAUAGAUUAGAUUAUAUAGACGAGGUUCUUCAGGAAGACGAGGAAGUACCACGCCGGGAUAUUGAUGAUGCCGGUAUAACAUUCACAGCCAAAUCUCCACCGGGAUUCAACGAAGUUAGCCCAACGUCUUCGCAUAAGGAGAACAGUAGCUCUCUCCUCAAUCAGUUGGCAAAUUUGCCCGGAUUCAAUCCGCUUAAAGCGAGGAUUGUUAAGCAAUAUGCUAAAACACCGGAGGAGAUACUACCAACGGCUGUCGAGAAAUCACUACCGUGGAGAAGAGACAGGUCCUCGUAUAACUUUGUUCCCAACGAAGACAUUCUGGAAGAGGAUGAAAGAAGAAUAUCACAUGAUAAUGAAACGUACAUGAUUGUUGGUGACCAAGCGAGGGUUGCUACCCCAACAGCUACGGAGACUAUGUUGCCAUGGAAACGAGAGGAGGCUGAGGGAAGCGGCGCCCUCAAACAAUCAGAGUUCCCCUCUUGGGCUUCUAAUAAAGAAUACCUGGCGUAUUCUUCGCCAUCGGCUACAUUUUUAGGUGGCAUAGAAAAGCCGAAACAUCCAAAAUCUAUCAUAGGUCUGUUCAGAAGAGAGAGUUCUUGUUCAACACAAGGUGGUUCGGAGAAGCCUGUGAUGUCAGAUUCUGAGAAAGCAGACUCUUUGAAGGGAGAGAGUUCUUCGAAGGGAGAAACGAGUGGGCAGCGACAAGGACCGAGCAUGCUGUCCAAGAGAAGUACUAGCCUCGGAGGACCAUCGGUGCUACUCAUGGAGGAUGUCGCUCACUCAGACCCUCUGGGCGCGUCUUCGAGGCCGGCCAGUAUCAUGCAGGGACCACAUCGAGGCCAUUGCAGGCGAGGAUCCAUGCUUGAAUUGACUGGGUCACUAUCACGGGACGCAAUUAGCGAAGAGAAGGGUUGCAAGUCGCUACCAGAAAGUGAAAGAAUGGGAGUACGCCGUCUCACUCUUGGCCAGCAAAGCUUGCCUCGGGAGCCUUUCAACAGGCAACGUACCCUAACAACCAACGUCCUCACCAGCUCAUCAUCCGAUGAUUCGUCGGAUGACAACACCUGAGUAUCACGACGUGGUGACCCCGAUAGGUUGCCACUACUUAAGUAUAGGACUUUGGACUAAAUGGACCUUAAGUGUGUGAACAGUCGGAAGGUUUGAAAUUCUAGGAUUUGAAAUGAUGAAGGGUAUAUCCGGUAUAUACUUAUACUUUAAUUAUGUCUUAAACUCACUGUUCCGGUGUCAAUUCCUAGAAUACUGUGCAUGCAGAGAAGGACGUGAACUGUUAUGUUGGAGAGAAGAGUGUGUAUGCAGCUGAACUCAAGAGUUUUGUGAUGAGUUCAGUGUCGUUAAGUCGUGAACUAUUCGUUCCGUUACCUACAUUCUUGACAAAGAACAUCAAGAAGAGUGUGUGGUUUUUCAGAGCAUCGUUGACGUGAGGCUCUCAUCUCAUCUCAGAGAUUAUGUUUCGGAAUUCCUAUGUAUAUUUAUUCUUCGAAAUCGUUGAAGGCAAACAUCAUAAGGAAAUCUAACCAGAAAAGAAAUUCUAAUGUUAUUUGUGAAAUUGACCAAAACGCACUGGGCAAAGAAGGCUUUGAAAAUUUGAAAUAAUAAAUAGCUGGUACCUACAAAUACCUGAUGUGUGGUUAUCGAUAAGUCGCGAACUAGGCACAUCUAUUCCUAGCAUUGAUGAUUGGCAUAAAUCACCGGCAAACGAUACAUAAUGAGGUAUAAUUAUGUAAAGUAAGUAAGUAAGUAGUAUAAAAAUAUAUACCUAAGUACUUACUUAGGUAUAUAUUUUUAUAUACAGGAGAACAAAUACGUUCUAAGUAGAACGUAUUUGUUCUCCUGCAGCUGUGGGUGGACGCCAGCUAGGUGCAUUUUGGUGUUCACGUUUAAAUACUAAACAAGUGACACUAAACAUCUUAUAUCUCAAAGUGACGAGCGUAAUAACUACGAUACCGCUUAGAAUUUUAGUAGAACCAAUCAAAAAAGCGUCGGUGUCGCAAUAGGUUGAGCCACCACUAUGCUUGAGAAGAGAGUAUGGGCUGAGGUGAUCACUUACCAUCAGGUGACCCGUAUGCUUUUGUCCUCCUCUUCUAUAAAAAACCUGAGAGGCACUUUAUAGAUAAACAUAUGGGCGUAUGAGUUACCAACAUCUGUUCUCAUAAAAAAUCUCUAAGGUAUUAUUGUCUAAACAAAAUUAGGGAAAUUGAAAUAAUGAUCAACAUUGUCAAAAGUAGUAGAUGUGUUACCUCAAAGGUGAACAAAAUUGUAUCUGAAGUUGGUUAUCAGAAAUUUGUAAUUUCAUCAAUUUAUAUUUUUAUUCUAUUGUUAUAUCCGUACGUACGAACCGAGGAACUACAUUAUUACAGAAAUGCUUGUAGGUAAUGCUAUAGUUUUUAAUAACCAUUGUACCAUAAUUAUAAUUCUUGUAAAUACUUUGACGCUUAUAGUUUUCGUGAAUUCUGUUGAAACUGUAUUGCUGUGAACUGUACCUACAAAAUAUUGCUUUUAUUUUACGAAACGUCCUCAACAGUAUUUUUCUAUUGUAUUUAUAACUAGUAGUAAUUUACGAGCACAAAAAAUAUCAACAUUUUUAACACAGUAACUCUUGUACUCUCUGAACUGGACGUAAUUCCAGAAAAUCGAUCCAAACCACCAUCAUGUCGAAAUUGAGUAAAGAACACAAAACUGGUCACGUGAUUCAUAUGACUGUGACUGAUAAAAAAUGGCAGCCCUACUGUCACUCUUUGAAUGACAUCAAGACUUAGUAGCCUAACCCACAUGUAUUUAAUACACAUAAUAUAUUUAUUAAACGUUAAACACGAAUUCCUUAAAAUUUGUGGCUUGGAACGUUUUUAAGGAACUACGUCCAACUAUGAACAUUAUGGAAUACAAGUGGCCGUAUGCUUCUUUACCUAUGGGAGCCAGCUUUCAUAAACUCUCACAUUCGCAAAAGAAAAUAUAUCUACAAUACACAGAAGAUCAUGAUCUAAUUGGCUACAGUUUAUGUAUAAUUCCAAAUUUGGCGAGUUUUUUUUUAUUGUUCAAAGUUAAGUCUUAUCACAAACUCUUCAAUAUAAUAUAGGGUUAAAACUGAAUAAACUGAGUAUCCCGUACCACGAAGUAUGAGGUAAAAAAUAUUGUACCUGAUUGAUAGAGGUUUAGUCAACGAUUAUAAUGAUACCACUCUAAUUACAAUGUAAUGCACCAUUUCAGAGAAAACAGCAUUAUAACCUAACUUCAAGUUACGACACUUUCAAGGGUUGGGACAUUUUUAUGGGGAGGAAAGAAAGGGAAACGCCUAGAAUCCGUUUCAUGCACUCGCCGGCUGCUACCGCGGCACGCUACCCUCAGCUCGUGCGUUGUUUUAACUGUUCGAAACUAACCAAUUUUUAUAAAUUAUAGUUAAUAGAGCUUUGGUCCACGGUCAUAGUGCUACUAAUCUUAUUACAAGAUAAUGCACAGUUUUCAAGAUAAUAACGAUAAUACGAUAAAUAAAUAAAAUGAACUAAUAAAAAGUAAAUCUAAAAGUUAAAUAAUUGUAAUUUUCAAAUUUUCAAACAAAUAAAUUAUACAUUGAGGAAAGAAUAUUUUUUUUUACGUACGACUUCCAAAUGGCUGGUGUGGGACUAGUAGGCACGAAGUAGGUGUCAGUGUCUACGCUAGCGCGCGGCUACUAAUACUACUUACAGCAUGUUCCGAAAUGAUAUUAUGCAAAAUUGAUUUAUUUAGGUGAGCAAUUUAUUUUUAUUUAGGAAUUUUCUAUAAUUAUUUACAAUUAUUUUGUUCAUUCAAUAUCGCCAUUAAUGCAACGCUGUAUAAAAUCCUUAAUGUAUUUUAAUAAGAUAAGUUUGUGCUUGCAAGGUUCUCGUUGAUAUAGUAAUUUAGAUUGAUAAUCUUAUCAGCGUCAUAGAAAAAAGAUUUGGUGUAGAAUUUAUUAGGGAAUUUUGUAGAUAAGUAAGGUACAAGUUGCCACUGACAAUAUUAAUCCAAGUAGAUUAGAAUUCAUGUACAUAAUGUUACAUAGAUAUUAUUAAGUAUUGAAUUGCUUUAUAGUACAAGAUUUCUUAUUACAAUAUCAUUGAAAAUAUUGGUUUAAUUUGAAUUUUUAUAUUAUGUUUGUGCUCCAUGGAAAUCCAUCCAUCUUUCUUUACAUGAGUACCUAAUAAUUUAUUUUAAUGCAUCAGAAGGCCUAAUAUUAUAAGCCGAAUAUGGAAAGAAGAAAUUGCUUGUAUACUUAUUUAUGGAUGAAAGAAUUAUACUUCCUUGGCGUAACAAAAAAAAAAUCUUAGCAAACAAUAUUUCUUGUACUGUUUUACGUAAGUAGAAAGAAAAAUAUUGUGAUAAAGAAGGUAUUGAUACACACAACCAAUGAAAAGUUAUUAAGCCGCAUAAUUUAGUUAAUUAAGUCUGAAGUCUGACAUAAAUGGUGCAGUUGAAGAAGUAACGUCAGGAUGUAGAAUUUGCGUGACGGUGUGCGAGCGCAUCGUAAAAUUGCACUCUGAUAAAUUUGCCGUAACGCGUCAAAAGAAGUAUAACUUUUAAAUCUACAAAUGUGAAAAUUACAUUAAGGUGACUUUAAUAUUAGAUACCACAGAUAAUACGAAAUAUUAUACUCACCGAUUUUUUUGUAAUUCACAUAGGUGAGUGUGGCUGAAGCACGUUCGUAACAUAAAAUUGUAUGGCAAAUACUUAAAGCACAAUAUAAUAUUUUAACCUACUUUAUAAGAGUAUUUUGUUAAGACCCCUAAGUUUUAUUUAACAAGCCUGAAUUAGGUGUAAUUAGGUAACGAAUAGACAAAUAGUAGAAUUAGGAAAAUUUGAAAAAAAAGUAGAAUAAAGUUAUGCAAAAGGAAUGUUAUGACAUUAAAUAAAAUAUGUUUUAUAAUAAAGAGCUGAGUAAAAGGCCUCAACUUACAGUUACCACUAAAAGAUUUCAUUCUAUUGUCUAUUUUUAUGCUAUUUCAGUUCGUAAUCGAUGUUUGAGUAUUAAUUAAUUAUUACUUUAAUUAUCAGCUUAUCGGAUUGCAAGAAAACCAAUUAAUUUUAGCUCAAGGUAUAAUUUUAAGUUAAGAUGUAGGUAAUUUCCGUAAAUAAUAUCAAUAGUAAAAAAUUUAAAUGGUCACUGUUUUAUGUAGGUAGAAAAUUGGUAAAGGAUUGUUAACUUUUCUAGAUUGAGAUAAAAAAUGUUUGGCAGUUGGCAACUACGGUCUUCCCACGAUAGUUCGCGGUCCGAACUGAUGAAAUUGUAACGUCGUAUUACCAUGUGUUACUUAUGUAACAGAAUCUUCUGUCUAAAAAUAACUAUUUGGGCUAUAUUAGUGUGCAGAACAUUGCCUUAUGCGAACAAAUAAAGUAAAAAUUAAUAUACAUUCAAGGAGCAACUACCUAAUAGAAUAGUUUAAAUCAUAGUGUAAAUCCACCGUUAUUCGUAGGUCGCUUAUUAGUAUACGUCUUUCUAUUAUGACCUAAUUUUCACAGUGUUGCCUGUGUACAUUUGUUUUAACUGAAAGUCCUCCUGAGUUAGCAGAAAAAUAUCAGUAGGUAACAAGCAAAUUCAAUUAAUAUAAUAUGUUUAAAUAUAUUAUAUACUUUCGUAUAAAUAGAUCGCAGAAAUAGCUUUGAAAAGCAAGAUUACAUUAAUUGCGGAUGAAUUUAAUAAAAAUGACGUUACAAAACAUUUUUGCUCUUGGUGCUCAAUAUUCUGUCUAGAGAUGUUAAUAAUCUGAGUAUUAGAAUAAAUGUAGGCACUGCAGAUGUAUUGCAUGAUAUCAUCCACGUAGAUUACAAGAUUUCAUCUCGAGCCUUAUUCUAGGCACAGGACCACAGGGUCUCAGGGAUAAACUGUAACUUCUACUUAAAUCCUAUCGUAGUAAAUAUAGUUACGUAAUAAAUUAUACCUAGUAGCUAAUAAAAUAUUUAUAGCCAAUACGAAAAUGUUAUUCCUAAUGAUGGUGUGUCAAUUGUUGCAUUAAUAGUGCCUAGUAUGAAGCGAUUGGCUCAUUCUUUUACGUUCAGAUAUUGUUACAGUGUAAUAUAGAUAUUAAAAUUAUUAUGGUGUAUAUUAAAUAAAUGAAAUAUGUUGGA